AUGGUCACAAUUCCUCCUCCCAAGGUGGAAAACCCAAAGGAAAACAACCUUGGACAGGUAACAAGCCUACCCCCAAGCCAGCUGAAAAACAACCCACAUGAUGGACAUGAAUCACAUAUGUCUCUCGAGUACUCCGGCAUUGUGAAAGCUCUCCGGAGCUGCCUGUCUCUCGGCAUCAUCAUGCCUUCUGCCACCGUAUGGGGUUUUACGGCACUCAUGAUCUUAGUCUGUCUCCUGAGUCUCACCACCAAUGGGUUUGUGUUGGGAGUCUACCUUUUGGACCGUAUUCAUUCUCUCCCCAACACAAGAGCGGACAUGUACAUGUUCUCUACGGCAUCAUCCAAUUUUUGCCUCCAGAUUUGGUCUACUGCCAGUUGGAUUUGUGCCUUCACUCAAGACAAGGACUCUCUCUGCCUCAUUGCCAACGCCUUCAAGAUAAUUGCCAGUUCCUCCAGCCUGCUAUUGGCUGCAUCUCUUUGCAUGUUCUACUGCAGUAGGAUCGUCGUGUGCAAGAACAGCUUCAUUCGAAGGAUACAAAUACAAAUCACACGCUAUUACAGAUUUGUUAUAUUUGGGGCUAUCUUUCUGUGCACGUUGAUGGGACUACCCUUGAUAUGGGACGGCGAUAAUUCUGUCACGAUUCCAUGUAACAGCUCCAUUGUUCCAUGUACUUACAUGUGUAUAUACCGCUCUGUACUAGUAUUCUUUGGAUACACAAUGCCGCUUAUCUACAUGCUACUGUCCGCUGGUCUUAUACUUCGAUCACUCAACAACCACAUGAGGAAGAUGAAUGUGACCUUGAAAACGGGACAUGAAGUCCGCAUGGAAGCCCAUCUAAAAGCUGGACACACAGUGACUUCCCUACUGCUCUUGUUUAUUGUGUACUUCGUGCUGUCUCUCUUGAGUCUAACUGAGAUAGUUCCUCAGGAUAGCCCACUUCAAUACAUUUUCUAUUUAUCCCCAAUGCUGUACUCCUUUGUAAACGGUCUUGUCAUUAUUAGAGGGAAUAGCAAACUAAGGCGAACCGCAGCAGGCAUUAUGCAAAAGUUGCAAGUUGUGAAGGGUUAA